CAGAUCAUCAUUAUAACACACACGGAUAGACACAGGAGCAGACUACACCUUGGAAGUGUAAAAACUAACCAGUGAGGACAGGGCAGCAAGACUAACACCUGGACUUGUACUGGGAUAAGUCCAGGUAUCUGCUAACACAGUGUCCGUGAGAUGACAAAGGAGCCCCUCUGACUGCACACAGGACAAAGAUGGACCCCCAGGUGUGCCUGCCCUCUCUGAACAGCAGCCAGUCACUGAUCCUGGAGCGAUCUCCUGCAUUUAAACCCGGCCACUCACGUAACAGCAGCACGGGCUCCUCUAAACACUCCAAAGUGUCUCGUAACUGGGAGGUGAUGGAUGACAUGCAACACAUGGACAUGGUCACCGCCACCGGCUCCUCUAUGGACCUGAGCAUCCCGGGUAUCUGUGAGGGCUUCCUGAUGAAGAGGAGGAAGUACCCUCUCAAGGGCUGGCACAAGAGAUACUUCAUGUUGGAGAAGGGCGUUCUCAAGUACUCAAAGUCUCAGCAGGACAUUAUAAGAGGGAAGCUUCACGGGGCUCUGGACGUCAGCUUGGCUGUCAUGUCCAUUAACAAGAAGACCAAGCGCAUUGACCUGGAUGCAGGAGACAACAUCUACCACCUCAAGGCCAAGAGUAAUGACAUCUUCUACAUCUGGCUGACCAAGCUGUGUGCUCACCGGAUCUUUAAAAAGAACGAGGCCAUGAGCGUGCACCGGGGGGUCCUGCACGCUCUGUCCCUGGGUCAGAGCUCCCUGCCUGCCAUGUCUGGCCCCGCCCAGCCCCGACGCUCCACGCCUCCAAACUAUGCCAGCUCGGCGUCCGUGUACCAGACUGAGAUGAGCAGUCCUGCCCCGAGAGUGGCCCCUAACCUCGGGGUCAACAGCAAAGUGUCUGCCUGGCUCCAGCAGACCCAGGACAUCGAUGCUACAUCCAACGAGUUGGCGCGGUGUCAGGCUGAGCUGGCGGAGAUGGCUCAGCUGAUCCAAAGACUGCACUGGCUGGAGGGAGGACUGCCCAUCACCAGCACUGACCUGGAGCUUAGGAUCAGCAUGCAGAACCUGACCCUGGAGAAGCCAAAGAAGAAGGGCAGAGGCGUUGGUCACUCCAGGACACUGUCACGAGUGGAGGCCAUGGGCGAGAUGUAUCCCACAGGCACAUUGGGCGGCAACAACAGCAGUCUGGGUAACUCUGUCCCCUCCCUCCCGGGGUACUUGUACUCUCAGUUGUCCAAGCCCCAGGUCAGCUCUCCAGAGGCCCAGAAACUGCACACGGAGAUCUGCGCUGCAUCGCAGAGAGUGCAUGCGUCUCUGUGCUCGGUGCACGAGGUUCUGACUCUGGAGAGAGAGAGGCUCAGACAGGCCUGGACCGGACCAGACCUGAGACAGAACACCUCCCACCAACUGGCGACGCUCUGCAGUACAUUGUCUGAGUUUGACAUUCAGUCACGCCUGACCAAAGUCCACUCGUUCUCCCUGUCCUCUGACUCUUCGGACGAAUCCUUCUGUACCGUCCAGCCCGAGCAGACACCCUCCCUGCACAGUCAGCGCCCGCCCUCCGUGGCUGAGUCUCUGGCGGAGUACUAUGACGCCAGCGAGGUGAUCAUAUGUGAGAGCUCGUCUGAAGCGGAGCAGUCUGACGAGAGUGGAUUGAGCGACAUCACCACCACCAGCACGUCCGAGCCCGAGGAGGGACACUCUGCUGCCACGCUCAACUACAGAGACAGUCUGAACAACGCUCCAGACAAACGGCUUGUGCGCUCUGAUACUGGCCGCCGUACCACCCUGCCCGCCCACUGCACAGACAACAGUCAUAUUGGCGUCAUGGCAAUCCUGUACAACAACAUCGGUAAAGACUUGUCCCGGGUGUCCAUGCCUGUGGCCCUGAACGAGCCUCUGUGUCUGCUGCAGAGAGUGAGCGAGGAGCUAGAGUACUCUGAGCUGCUGGACACGGCCAAUCACAUCGACGACCCCUACAUCAGGAUGGUGUAUGUGGCAGCCUUCUCCAUCUCUGGGUAUGCAUGGGCCUCCUGGAGGAACCGGUACAAGCCGUUUAACCCCGUCCUGGGAGAAACGUACGAAAGCGUCCGGGAGGACAGAGGAUUCCGCUACGUCAGUGAACAGGUUUGCCAUCACCCACCCAUCUCAGCGUGCCACGCAGAGUCAGAGAACUUCACCUUCUGGCAGGAUCAGAGAUGGAAGAACAAGUUCUGGGGCAAAUCUCUGGAGAUAAUCUCGUCUGGCCCGGUCCAUGUCACACUGCCCAGGUACAACGACCACUAUGAGUGGAACAAAGUGGUGACAUGCAUCCACAAUGUGCUGACGCAGCACCGCACUCUGGAGCACUAUGGAGAGGUGCUAAUCACCAACAAGAACAGUGACGUGUGCACAUGCAAGAUCUCCUUUGUCAAAGCGCGGUAUUGGAGCUCGACCAGCACAAAGAACGAGGUGCACGGGGAGGUGCUGAACCGCUCUGGGGAUGUGGUGCACCGCUUUGGGGGCUUCUGGCACGAGGGGAUCUUCUGUGACACGUUGCCUGAGCCCAAGUGCAUCUGGAAGCCCAACGAGCAGCCGGAGGACAACUUCCAGUACUACGGCUUCUCCAGAUACGCUCGAGAACUCAACGAACUCACACCACAGCUGCAUAAAGUGCUGCCCCCGACUGACACGCGCUUCCGCCCUGACCAGAGGCUGCUGGAGGAGGGCAAAGUGACAGAGGCCGAUAAGAAGAAGGACGAGGUGGAGCAGAAGCAGAGAGAGCGCAGGAAGGAGCUGGCCAAGAGGAACGAGGAGCACCAGCCACGCUUCUUCUAUAAAUCGUUGGAUGACAGUGGGCGUGAGGCGUGGCUCUACAACGGCACCUACUGGCAGACACGGGACAAUCCUGGAUUUGCCGCUACAGAGAACCUCGACCUGUGGUGUUAGGUCCUGACUGGGACUGUGGACAGGAGGCACCUGUGAGCGCCCCCUACGCCUCAGGGGGGAGAGGUGCUGCCAUGGAGCAUGAAAGACUAGAGAAAGCUGGAUGUCUCUACCAACGUAACCCCCACAUCUCAGAAACAAACAGCACCAUUUAAAGGAAAUGAUUUGAAUGACAGUGAGUGGUUUUAGUGUUAAGAUUUUGAAUUUUACUUAUUUUUGGCUAAAGAAUCACAACGGACGUUUUCUGUUGGAGGAACUUUGCUUGUCUCCUUGGAGAUCUAUUUGCCUGGAAUGUUACACAGUAUGGCAUUCAACUAGGCUAUUAUUGAAUGCAUUUAUGUAGGAUGUUUGUAUUACACAAAAACACAUAGAAAAACAUUUUACUGUGAGUGGUUUUGCCUCUCCACAGGUCUUACCUGUCACUUGUCUUUAUGGUGUCACUUGCUUGUCUCCAUGGAGAUGUAAUUGCCAAAAAUGUUCCACAGUACGACAUUAAACUUAUCCAACAUAUAUUGUUUGAAAAGCUUUGUGAGCAGGUCCGCCACUCCACAGAUCCUACCUCUCACUCGACUUUAUAGUAUCACCUGCUUGUCUCCUUGGAAAUACGUUUAAUGCCGUACCGUGGGACAUUCCAGGCAAAGCAGUGACAUCUCCGUGGCCUUGUGGUCACUUCUUGUUUCUCGGGAGAUCGAUACAUUUAACACCAUACUGCGGGACAUUACAACUGCGAUAACAUCCCCAUGGAGACACAGACAUAACCAAUCACAGAAAUGUUCCGCAGUGCAGAUUUAAAUUUGAAGGUGGCUUUGCGCUGGCCACGGUUUGGAGACCGCCUUCCUGUACAAACUGUAUUUAUUGUGUAUAUCUGAUCAUGUUUCUUGUUCGUGUUUGUACUGUAUUUUUUCAUGUGAGCGUGAAGGAGGAUUCUUUUCGUUGAUGCAAUGAAAUAUUUUUUUAUGGAUGUUUCAACAAUGGAUUUUAGUGAAAAGAGACAACUGUUAACUAAACGCUCUGUCUUUUCUUGUUUCAAAUAAAAUGCUUGGUCAUCAU